UUGACCAAAAAAAGAAACGCAACCAUUUCGUCACUGCUGCCGACUCCCACCGCCAUCUCACAGUCCUCUAUAAAACGGCCACCCACUUUGUACACAGACACAUUCUGCGCCAAAUUCUGAUUGCCAAAAAAAACAAAAAAACAAAAAAUCUCUGCAGAGAACCAAAAAUGGCGUACAAGCAUGAGGAACUUCCUCCACCGUUGGAUUCCACUUCCUCCCCUCCUCCUCUCUUUGACGGCACUACAAGGCUGUACGUAAAUUACACAUGUCCAUUUGUACAGCGGGUUUGGAUCACUAGGAACUAUAAGGGUUUGCAAGACAAGAUUAAGUUAGUGGGUAUAGAUCUUGAAAACAGGCCUGCUUGGUACAAGGAAAAAGUCUACCCCGGAAACAAGGUACCAUCUCUGGAGCACAAUGGAAAAGUCAUUGGAGAAAGUCUUGAUCUGAUCAAAUACCUCGAAAGCAACUUUGAGGGGCCUUCACUUGUCCCCAGUGAUGACCCUGAGAGAAAAAAGUUUGGCGAAGAAUUAUUAACUUAUGUUGAUACCUUCGUGGGGUCCUUGUAUCGCUCAUUGAAAGGAGACACGGUAAAAGCAGCUGAUGAGCAGUUUGAUUACUUGGAAAAUGCUCUUAAGAAAUUUGACGAUGGGCCAUAUCUUCUGGGUCAGUUCAGUUUGGUGGACAUAGCCUAUAUCCCAUUCGUUGAGAAGUUCCAAGUCUUCUUAUCAGACGUGUUCAAGUAUGACAUCACAGCUGGGAGGCCUAAACUAGCAGCAUUCUUGGAGGAAAUCAACAAGAUUGAGGCAUACAAGGUAACCAAAGCUGAUCCAAAGGAGAUUGUUGCAGAAUACAAGAAGAAAUUCCUGGAGCAACAGUAAACCUGUGAAAUAUUCUGCUGCGGACGCCGUAUAAAUAAGUGGCUGAGCACAUCAACAGAUUGUUCGUCAGCUUAAUUAUGUAUGCAGAUUAUGUAGUCUUGUUAUAGAUACGGACUUGUGUGUAUUUGGAUAUUUGUCUUUGUUACAUUAAUAAAAUUCGGGUCCUCGGAUUCUGUUCGGUGUUCGGGUCCA